AUGGCGGCUCCCUUGGAGAAGAAGCAGAAGACCGAGGGGGAGGAGGCAAAGGACGUCGAGAUGACCGAAAAGAAGGAGGUCGCCGAGCCGCCGAAGGAGCAAGAAAAGGACGCGAAGCCGCUGAAGGGAAACAAGGUGGGGGGAAUUGAGUUUUUGAGGCCAGAUACGACGGUCAACGUCAUGACCUCUACAGUUGGGGACCUUCUGAUGGCUGUCCGAGACAACGGCUUCCAGUACCUUCUCGCGGGCGCGCGGGCCAGCGUGGGCGUCAAGUCUGGCCGGUAUAUGUUCGAAGUGAAGAUUGUGGAGUCUUCAUCGACGGCGAAGUAUUCUGCAGCCGAUCCAAGCGGGCAGUAUCCCCAAAGCCUGCUGAAGAUUGGCUUCUCGGCUGCCGGCUCCUCCCUGCUCCUGGAUUCUUCCGAGACCAGUGCCAGUUUUGACUCCGAGGGCCACUUCAGCGGCAGCGCGUCGCACGUCAAGGUCUCGAAAAAGCUGUACAGUGGCGACGUCGUGUCCUGCCUGCUCAACCUCGACAAAGCCAGCCCGAACUUCAACACCAUCAGCCUCUUCAAGGGCGGGGCGCGCAUCUCUCAGCCCCAGGCCCUUCCUGACAGCCUGAAGGGCAAGCCUCUCUUCCCCACCGUGGCCUUCAAGUGCAUGACGCUGCACACGAGCUUUGGGCCGGAGCCGAUCUGCCCGCUGCCCUUCAAGUGCCACAUGGUGGGGUCGGCGCUGCAGUCCGACGCCGAGGUCACGAAGUUCGACGCCCCUGACGCUGGCGAGGUGCUGUUCCCGGUGAGCUUGCCAGACGAGGGCAGCUUCGAUUAUCUGGACAUGUACUUGGAGAAGAAUCCAGGCUACGUCGAGAUCAGCGACCGUGCUAUCCGGGACUGGGCAGAGAAGAGCGCCCUGUGGACCAGGAAAGGGGGCGCGCCGACCUCGAACGACAGGCCCGAGAUGGGCUUCGGCAUCAAGCAGCUCGACGACGGCUACACUGUUAAGGGGAUGCUACGGGCCCUCUGUGCCCUCCAGCAGCGGAAUUAUGUCGUGAUGGAGGUGAAGGGCAAUCUGGUCAAGGAGGAACGGGCAACGGCGCUCGCGCCUUUCAAAGCGGCAGGUUUCAAGACGAGCGCGAUGGUCCUGGUGGGACCCCCAUCGGUGGAGUUCAAGAAGAGGGCUCAGGCACUGACGCUGAAGAUGAAACAGGCUGCCUCCGACAAGGAGCACAACGAGAAGUUCGAGGCCGAAAAGAAAAAGUGGGCCCUCGCGAAGAAGGCGAAGGCUAUGGAAAAGGCGCGUAAGAAGGCCCUGAAGGAAAAGGAGAAGGCGGCCAAGGCAAGGGCCAAGACCGUCGAGGAGGCAAGGAAGAAAGCAGCGGCUCUCAAGGAGGGCAAGGAGGUCGAGAAAGAGGAGGAGAAGAAAGAGGAGCCCGAGGAGGAGGAGGAACCCGAAGAGGAGGAGCCAGAAGAGCCAGAGCCAGUGAAAGGCGACCCGCCCACGGUGAGCCUCACCGCCGAGGAGAAGCUGCUCAACUUCAAGCCCGUGGUUGUCCCGGACCUCACCCCGUUCGCGCUGAACACGACCUUCACACAGUUCUCGGUCCCGGAGAAGGAGGAGGGCUUCGAUAGCCUGAAGUACGUGUUCCUGAAGGAGGGUGCCAAGUGCAAGAAGCACGUCGAGGAGUGGGUGGCUGCUCGCAAGCGCACUGCACGCGUGGAGGACGUCAAGCCCUCCGCGGAGUUCCACGCUUCGACGAGGGCCUGGAGCACGGCGGUGGCGGGCUGGAGGGACGCCCUGCAGAAGUACCAGGCGAAACUCGCCAAGAAGCGCUCGGAGAAGGCCGCGAAGGAGGCCAAGAAGAAGCAGGCAGCUGCAGCGAAGGCCAAAGCCGAGGCGGAGAAGAAGGACGGCGAAGACAAGAAGGAGGAGGUGGUGGAGGAGGUCGAGGAUGACGACGACGAGGAGGAGGAGCCGGAGAUCGAUCUUGAGAGUAUCGACAUCUUUGGAGUCGAUGACGUCAAGGAUAUUGGCGGUGGCAUGCCAUUGUAUAAAGAGUUUGCUCACGAGGAUUGGGCGUUGCUGUCGCUUGCGUUUGAGCUUCACGCGCUUGGGCACUCUUUCAAGAGAGAUGUUAAGGAUGAGGAGCGCAACAUGAUUCAUGUGGACCAUUUGGAUUUCUACUAUGAGAAGUACUUCAAGAAGCCCCUCAGCCCGAAGUCUUACGGCGUGGAUUCGUUGAGGGAUGUUGUAGGGUUGGUGAAUGACGUGGUGUACAUUAACGGCAAGGGCGUGCUCGAGAAUUGCUUCCAGGAGGAGUUGGAGAGCUACCAGGUCUUUGUCAAGAUCGCGGAGGAGGCCCGGAGGUUCCGCAGGAUCCGCAUCGACCUGGGCGAAGAGGCCGCGGUCCUCAAGAUCGCGGUUCAGCACGGCAGCCAGCAGCACCAUGGCCAAAAGAGGACUUGGAAGCCCCCACUCCGUGCACCAAAGGGGCCCUCCCCCCAGGACGAAUAG